AUGUCUUCACGGUCAGGAGCCCUUUCUAGCGCAGCAACCACAAUAAGAAUACUUAUACCGGCGGGAAAAGCGACGCCUACACCACCACUAGGUCCCGCACUCGGACAACGAGGUGUCAAGGCAAUAGACUUUUGCAAACAGUUCAAUGACCGCACAAAAAAAAUAUUGCCCGAAGUUCCGAUUCCAACACUUAUUGAUGUACGUUCGGACAGAAGUUUUAGUUUUGUGAUUAAGAAUCCGCCGACUACGUGGUUUCUUAAACGUGCGGCUGGCGUGGAAAAAGGGGCCUCGAAACCGGGCAGUGAGAUUGUGGGUAAAGUUACACUUAAACACGUUUAUGAAAUUGCAAAAAUUAAACAACAGCAGGCAAAUAUGCAGCAUUUAUCAUUACGGGGUAUUGUCAAGGGUGUAAUAGCAACAGCAAAGAGCGCGGGAAUUGAAGUUGUUAAUUGA